ACAUAUUUGUUUUUACUUUUUUGACCUUUCUUGGGCAACACGAGCAGAACCGUGAUACUUCUCUCACUUGCGCGGUGCACCUCCUCUGUGAGACUUGACAAACUCAGAAGCUUCAACAAAUCGCUCAUUCUCCUUCUCCUUCUCCUUCUCAACAAGGUCGAUUUGAUUUCGGAUUUUCAGUAUGACUAAGACGGUGGAUCUUCCUCCCAAGGGCGGCUUCAGUUUUGAUCUCUGCAGAAGAAAUGCAAUGCUUGAACAGAAGGGCCUUAAGGGCCCAUCCUUUCUGAAGACUGGGACGACUAUUGUUGGUUUAGUUUUCCAAGAUGGUGUCAUUCUAGGAGCAGAUACUAGGGCAACUUCAGGAUCCACAGUUGCUGAUAAAAACUGUGAGAAAAUUCAUUAUAUGGCACCCAACAUAUAUUGCUGUGGAGCAGGAACUGCUGCUGACACAGAGGCUGUAACAGACAUGGUUAGCUCCCAACUCCAACUACAUCGCUACCAUACUGGUCGAGAAUCGAGAAUUGUUACAGCACUAACCCUUCUUAAGAGACACCUCUUCAAUUACCAAGGUCAGGUCUCGGCUGCCUUAGUUCUUGGUGGAGUUGAUGCAACUGGCCCUCAUUUGCAUACUAUUUAUCCACAUGGUUCAACUGACACACUCCCAUUUGCUACCAUGGGAUCAGGUUCACUUGCUGCAAUGUCUGUAUUUGAGUCUAAAUACAAGGAAAGCUUGACUAGGGAUGAAGGAAUAAAAAUAGUUGUUGAGGCAAUAUGUGCUGGUGUUUUUAAUGACUUGGGAAGUGGAAGUAAUGUUGAUGUUUGUGUCAUAACCAAGGGACAUAAGGAAUAUCUCAGGAAUUACCUCACACCAAAUCCUCGCACAUAUGUCAAUCCAAAAGGCUUUACUUUUUCCAAAAAGACUGAGGUUCUCUUAACAAAGAUUACCCCCUUGAAGGAGAAGGUGGAAGUGAUUGAAGGAGGAGAUGCCAUGGAAGAGUAGCAUAUGCAACUGUUGUGGUAUUGUGUAAUUGUCUUGUGGGAACUUUUGCAUUUAAUUGCUUAAAAUGAUUUCUAUUUCAUUAGAUGUUUGCAAGUUGUUUAAUUCCACCAAUUUUCAUGAUUUGGAAGGUGUCUUCGUGGUCCCUUUUGGGGUAUGGACUAUAAAGUGCUUUACAUAGCACAAAACAGAAGAAACUAGAAAGUAACUAGCAAGGCAAGUAGUAGAAGCCAAGGCCCAAGGGCCCUAGAUGUGUCACCUAAUUUGGAUUGGAUAAAUGAUAUCAAAUAUGUAGCAAUAUAGCUAUGACUGUGAACUAUUAACAGCCCUUACUGUGAAAUUAUAUCAUAAUUUUCUUUAUGAAA